UGCUCAUCUCUGUCUGUUGUUUACCUUACUUAUCAAAGUGCACUUUCCAUGGAAAUGUGAACAGUGAUUCAGACAACACAAAUAAUAUUAGGAUUCUUCAGAACUAGUGUCCGAUUAUUAUCGGAGAUAGUGAAUAAAAUUGGGUAAGUUCGAGAACCAGUGCUUCAUUGACGCAUUCCUCGUAUCCUGCAACCGUGCCUAACAAUGCCGGAUAUCAAAAUAACUCCUCUCGGAGCAGGACAGGAUGUAGGCCGCAGCUGCAUCCUUCUCUCGAUGGGAGGAAAGAAUAUUAUGCUCGACUGCGGCAUGCAUAUGGGUUACAACGAUGAAAGGCGCUUUCCGGAUUUUUCGUUUAUCGUACCGGAAGGACCAAUCACGAAUCACAUAGAUUGUGUGAUAAUUUCUCAUUUUCACUUGGAUCAUUGUGGUGCACUGCCUUACAUGACCGAGAUGGUAGGCUAUACCGGGCCUAUCUAUAUGACUCAUCCGACGAAAGCUAUAGCCCCAAUUUUGUUGGAAGACAUGCGAAAGGUGGCAGUGGAGCGGAAGGGUGAGAGCAAUUUCUUCACAACCCAGAUGAUUAAGGACUGUAUGAAGAAGGUUAUUGCCGUUACAUUACAUCAGAGCGUAAUGGUAGAUGGUGAGCUGGAAAUCAAGGCAUACUACGCAGGCCAUGUUCUGGGUGCUGCCAUGUUUUGGAUCCGGGUUGGUUCGCAGUCAGUUGUUUACACAGGCGAUUACAAUAUGACGCCAGAUCGGCAUCUGGGAGCGGCUUGGAUUGACAAGUGCAAACCGGAUUUGCUGAUCUCGGAAAGUACCUAUGCGACAACCAUUCGAGACUCGAAGCGUUGCCGGGAGCGUGAUUUUCUUAAGAAGGUGCACGAAUGUGUAGCGAAAGGUGGUAAGGUACUUAUUCCGGUGUUCGCUUUGGGCAGAGCACAGGAGUUGUGUAUUUUGCUGGAAACCUACUGGGAACGAAUGAACCUCAAGUAUCCAGUUUACUUUGCAGUUGGGUUGACUGAAAAGGCUAACAAUUACUACAAAAUGUUCAUCACCUGGACCAACCAGAAAAUUCGAAAAACAUUCGUCCAACGCAACAUGUUUGAUUUCAAGCAUAUUAAACCAUUUGACAAGGGCUAUAUUGAUAAUCCGGGAGCGAUGGUGGUUUUCGCUACGCCCGGAAUGUUGCAUGCCGGUCUUUCUUUGCAAAUUUUCAAAAAGUGGGCUCCGAACGAAAAUAACAUGGUCAUAAUGCCGGGAUACUGUGUUCAAGGAACGGUGGGCCAUAAAAUCCUCGGCGGUGCGAAAAAGGUAGAAUUUGAAAAUCGGCAAGUGGUUGAAGUUAAAAUGUCGGUUGAGUACAUGAGCUUCAGCGCUCAUGCGGACGCUAAAGGCAUUAUGCAGUUGAUUCAGUAUUGCGAGCCAAAAAAUGUGAUGUUGGUACACGGAGAGGCGGUUAAGAUGGAGUUUCUGAAGGAUAAAAUUAAAGAAGAGUUCCACAUCGAGUGUUUCACGCCGGCGAACGGGGAAACGUGUGUGAUUAAUACUCCGAUAAAGAUUCCUGUGGAAGCGUCGCUUUCUAUUUUGAAGGACGAGGCAAAAAAAUACAACGCAGAACCGCCAGAUCCGAAACGUAGGCGAAUUAUCCAAGGAUUGCUGGUCAUGAAGGACAAUAAAAUAUCUUUGAUGAACCUCGAUGAAAUUUUCGGCGAAUGCGGCUUGAAUCGGCACAUGAUCAGAUUUAUAUCCAAGGUCAAAAUAGACGAUCCGGGCCCGGCACCGCGUACCAUCGAAAAGCUGUACAAUCUACUAAACGAGCGAAUGUCUGGGUGGAAUGUGACGAUGAAUGAGAACGGGUCUAUCAAUGUUGAAUCGGUGAACAUCAAAAUUGAAAGUGAAGAUCAACUUUCGCUUCCCCCGGGACCAACAGGAUCGGUGGCAGCAUCGGUUGCAUUGGCAAACACAACCGCUCAUAAGAUUUGCAGCGUCUCAUGGAUUAACCAGGAUGAGGACUUAGGAAGCUAUAUUUUAGCAUUAUUGCAAAAUUUAUGAACGCUACAAAAUGAAGCGAUAUUUCAAGUUAGAAGUAAGUCAUUUAGUUCACUUUUGUUUGGAACUUUUUGGGACACGAGUAAUAUUUUCAAUAAAAAAUU